UGGACUUGUCCAUGCUAUCAUCUACAAAAGAUGCCUAAAUAGUGGAUAGAAGCUGUUGGGUGAUUGUUCGCGACUGAUUUCCCUUCUCGUGUGACUUAUCCUGUGUGCUUACCUGAAGAAUAGAGAUAUAAGGUGGGAUAGUAACAUCUUUUGGGGGAACGAGAAUUGGCUUCCUUUCGUAAGAGUGGUGGACGUGCAGCAGACAGCUACAUGGCAGGAACAAUAAUCAGAUGGCUACCUUCUGCAUUUUGUAUUAGGAAACAAAAUCAAUUAUAAGAGUCCAUGUUGAUCUUGGAAGUAGAAGGAUUCAAAAAAAAUAAGUUACCACAAAGAACAAGAACUUUACCAUCUCCUUUUUGAUCUGAAGACUGGGGACAAUGGAUAUCAUAGAGACAGCAAAACUUGAAGAACAUUUGGAAAAUCAAUCCAAUGAUCCUGCAAACACCUACACAAGACCUGCUGAGCCCGUCGAGGAAGAAAACAAAAAUGGCAAUGGUAAAGCUAAGAGUUUAUCCAAUGGGCUGCGAAAGGGCACCAAAAAGUACCCGGACUAUAUCCAAAUUGCUAUGCCCACCGAGUCGAGGAACAAGUUUCCCCUAGAGUGGUGGAAAACGGGCAUUGCCUUCGUGUACGCACUCUUCAACCUYGUCUUGACAACAGUCAUGAUCACAGUUGUGCACGAGAGGGUCCCUCCCAAGGAGCUCAGCCCUCCCCUCCCAGACAAGUUUUUUGAUUACAUUGAUCGGGUGAAAUGGGCAUUUUCUGUAUCAGAAAUCAAUGGGAUUAUAUUAGUUGGAUUAUGGAUCACCCAGUGGCUCUUUCUGAGAUACAAGUCAAUAGUGGGGCGCAGAUUCUUUUUUAUCAUUGGAACUUUAUACCUAUAUCGCUGUAUUACAAUGUACGUUACUACUCUCCCUGUGCCUGGAAUGCAUUUCCAGUGUGCUCCAAAGCUCAAUGGAGACUCUCAGGCAAAAAUACAGCGGAUUCUCCGGUUGAUUUCUGGUGGUGGAUUGUCCAUAACUGGGUCGCACAUCUUGUGUGGAGACUUCCUCUUCAGUGGUCACACAGUUGUGCUGACACUUACAUAUUUGUUCAUCAAAGAAUAUUCGCCUCGUCACUUCUGGUGGUAUCAUUUAAUCUGCUGGCUCCUGAGUGCCGCCGGGAUCAUCUGCAUUCUUGUAGCGCAUGAACACUACACUGUUGAUGUGAUCAUUGCUUAUUAUAUCACAACACGGCUCUUUUGGUGGUACCAUUCAAUGGCCAAUGAAAAGAACUUGAAAGUCUCUUCACAGACUAAUUUCUUAUCUCGAGCGUGGUGGUUCCCCAUCUUUUAUUUUUUUGAAAAAAAUGUACAAGGCUCAAUUCCUUGCUGCUUCUCCUGGCCACUGUCUUGGCCUCCUGGCUGCUUCAAGUCAUCAUGCAAAAAGUAUUCACGGGUCCAAAAGAUUGGUGAGGAUAACGAGAAGUCUACCUGAGGAUCCAGAGGCACCAGCUCUUACACCAAAAGAGUUUUCAUGCUGCAACCAAAGGUAUAGCUUUGUUUUUAUUUUAGGAAAACAGACUGGUAAAUGAAGACGUGGACCAAAUUUUGUGUAAAUGAUUGGAAAAGAUGAACAAAGUAUUACUUUUUGACUGUUUUCUUUUUUAAUUCAGCCUGAGAAAGAUAUAUUUUCCUGCAGCUCUUCAUUCAUUGGAGACAAGCCCCCAUCCUGGGAUUUUACUAGUGAGCUUGUUAAAGAGGUGCCAAAGAACAUAUUACCCAUUUUCUUAUUCUUUCGCCACUAAAAUCUUCUACUUCAGCAUUCUUUCAGGAUAUUUUUUUCCUCCCAGGGUCAGAAGAAUUUGUUAAUGUUUUGAAUAAAAUGUCUGGAUGUAUACA